ACCCUUCGCUGCUGUUGUGGGGGCUGGCGCGCGAGGGCCGCGGUAGGUGCCGUGCUGCUUUAGGGCACUCCUGUGGCGCGAAGGUCAGCGAGUGUCUCGGAGGACUCCCUUUCCCCGCCAGGCGCGCCGAAGUCCGGCCCCGAGCUCUGGGAGGUUUUUCAGUGUCAAGCACACAGAGAAGGCUGGUGGGACCCUAGAUGCUGUUCCAGGAUGGACUUCCCCAGCUCACUCCGCCCCUCAUUGUUCAUGACUGGCCCCCUUGGUCUGAGUGAUAUCCCCGACCUGUCCUUUAUGUGCAGCUGGAGAGACACCCUGACCCUGCCAGAGUCCCCACCACAGAACUGCAAGACUGCGGCUCCGCACUCGGCCAAGGCUCUGCUUUGGCAGCCGGCGAUGCCUGGGCCCCUCCCCCUGCUGCCACCCUGUCCCGAUCCCUGGGACCCUGGUGUGACAGCACAGGACCUCCUUUUCCGAGGGGGUUUCCGCUACCGGAGGCAGCCCCAGGCCGUGCUGGAUGUCACUGAACAGCUCAGCAGAUUCCUGUGGGAUCACGGGGACAUAGCCUUUGCACCCCUGGGGAAGAUGAUGCUGGAGAAUUUCAGACUGGAGGGAGGCCGGAACCGCUCCAAGAAGCCAGUGGUCAGCGCGAAGAGGCUGCUGCAGGACCUCAGCGGACACCAGCCCUGGGGGUGUCCCUGGGCUUACCUCAGCCACCGACUGCGCCGCUUCUCCAUCGUUGGGGGCCCAGUGCUGGGCAAGUCAGUGUCGCGCCUGCUGGGGGGCCUGCUACACGAAGAGCUGGCCACACGCUGGGAGCGACUGCUCCUGGAUGAGGCCUUCACCGGAGGUGCCCUGGCCUGGCUGCCUGGAAGGACCCCACAGGUUGGCCAACUGGUCUAUCCGGCUGGCGGUGCACUGGACAGGCUGCGUUUCCAGGACGUCAUUCUGACCUCAGACAGUGAGCCUCAGGUCCUUGGGGAUCCAGGGUGCAUCCAGCUCCAGGGACCUGUGCGGCAGGUGGUAACCAGCACUGUCCAAGGAGAAACGCUUCUGGCUGUGCGUUCUGACUACCAUUGUGCCGUGUGGAAGGUGGGGAGGCAGCGGCGGCCAGCCCCUCUGCAGGUGCUGCAGGUUGAGAAGGGAGCCACAGGGAUCAGUCUCAGCCCUCACCUGCCUGGGGAGCUGGCCCUCUGCAGCUGUUCUGGAGCCAUCUGUCUGUGGACCCCCCAGAAUGGGCUGCAGCAAGUCUAUAAGGACCCAGAGACCCUUGUGUUCCGGGACCCUUCUCCCUGGCGUUGGGCAGACUUCACUGCCCACCCGCGGGUGCUGACGGUGGGCGACCGCACAGGAGUGAAGAUGAUCGACACUCAGGGCCCCCCUGGAUGUGGUCUGCUGCUUUUCCGGGCAGGGGCUGAAGCCUCCUGCCAGAAAGGGGAACGUGUGCUGCUCACGCAGUACCUGGGGCAAUCUGGCCCCAAAUCACUGCCUCCGACUCUGCAUCUCAUCUGUACCCAGUUCUCGCUCUACCUGGUGGAUGAACGCCUGCCCCUGGUGCCGAUGCUUAAGUGGAACCAUGACCUCCCCUCCCCGGCCCUGCUGGCCCACCUACUGCCUCUAGCCAGCCCUGGCGCCCCACAGCCCCUGUUCCUGGGUGGCCUAGGUGGGCAGGUGCGGCUACUGCAUAUCACAGGAAAGGAGGCCUCUGCACCCCAGCUGGCAGGGCCCCCCCAGUCUGUGCCCUCCCCAGCUGACUCCCUCUCUGCAUUUCCCCUGCUGGAGCCCAAGAGCCAAAAGCAGCUUCUGGAGCGACUGGAAGCACCGACGAUAGGUCUGGCCUCUGCCUUCCCACCCUGUGCCUCCACACCUGCAGUGUGGCUCUUCCAGCUCUCAGCAGCUGGGGACAUCUUCUACCAGCACCUUACUCUCCAAACAGCCUCCAGCCUCCACCAAGAUGCAGGGCCUCCCAGCGACCCUGAGCCUGACUGCCCUGUGCCCAGGACGACAGCGCCUCCAGUGGAUCAGAGGCCCAUACCCUCCUGGACCACAGGGGCCACUGCCUGCUGCAGUCGUUGGCUGGAGGCCCUGCUGCAGGUGCCGUCUGCACCCCCUGUGUGGGCUGCACCCACCUUUUCCCACCGCCGGCUGCUGGGCCGCCUAAAGCACCAGGAGGUGGAGGGGAAAGUACUUCAGGGUCUGCGGGCAGCCAUGGUUGGGGGCCGGUUACUACAACAGAAGGACCUGGGCCUGCUCCCGCCGGCGGAGCUACCCCCCGCCCCCGAGCCCGGCCCUCAGGAUGAGCUCAGUGAGCGUCUGGAGGAGGCCUGGGAAGGCCUGGCCACUGCCUGGUGGAGAAAACAGCAAGGCAAGGCCCCAGAGCCAGGGAAGCAGGCCAGGCGGCCCAAGCGCCGGACUCAACUGUCCAGCACCUUCUCUUCCCUCACCAGCUGCCUGGACCUCCCAGAUACGGCCAGCCCCCCUCCUACCCUAGAGCAGAUUCCCACAGAGGCCAGGCUUGUGACCCCGUACUCCCAGGAGUCAGCUGAGCAGUUGUGGGUCCGGGGUGUCCACUCAGAGAGGCAGCAGACACUCCGGGACUACAUGGCAAAGCUGCCACUUCCAAAGAGCACCCCAGCCCCGGAGCAUGUGGCCAUGCCGUCCUCCCAGGCCUCCUGUGUCCAAGCCACACCCUCGCGGCUGCCCACCCCUGGCUCUCAGCCACAACGGAAAAGGCCGCGCAUGGGCUUCUGAGGACAUCCAGAGUUGCCGUCCUUG